AUGUAGGGAUGACACGAGUGAAAUCUCACGUGAUCCGCAUACAAAACGCCUCGAAACUCGGCGAGAAUGGCUAGCUAUGCCUUCAAAACACACCACAAAUCACUCACGGGUCCAUAUCUACCUAUACAUAUGCCCAAAAGUUUCAUACGUCCCUGCAAUUCUCGACACGAGAAUCCGCUCAUACGCGAUUUCUGAUUUUCGUGUCAUCAUAUUCUUCAUCUUCUUCUUCUUCUUUAAACCCGCUAUCUCCUUACCAGUACCAGCUGAAGCGCUGAUUUUUUCACUGAACGUCUCCAAUUUCGCCGGAGGUGUGCACGGACAUCAAGCGAUCAUUUCUUUCUUGCCGCAAGUCACUACGGUAGAUCAUGGAGCUCUUCCAUGGUCGACACUGAACAACGCCAUAUUUGCUGCUAACUCAGCAUCAGUGAGCCGGCCGUGCGCAUGCGCCAGACAGGGGCGCGGCGCGCGUUAGAGCGGACCACGUGGUCCCCGUCGUGCGGCCGCUGGUUUUUCACUCGCCUGGGUUUGCUCCCGAAUUUCGGCCUAGCUAUCCGUCUUUUGGUUCCACGGGACGGCCACAACCUGACGUUGUCACCUUCACGUGACACUCCGUGUCUGUCUUGUCCGCACUGCUGAGUAUUGUGCUGGAGUCGCCACGGUCAAAACUUGGGUUUGUGGCCACAGUUAAUUAUGUUUCAAGGUAACCCCUGCAAGUUGUCUGCAUUCCCUCAUUGCCUAUUUUAAUAAGGGGUGCCUGACGACUCUCCUUCCAGUUCAACCUUCUGCACCCCCUCGGUCUCUAGCCAGCACUUCUCUGCUGACAGUCGUGGCUGAUAACAAGAACCUCACCCUGUUCUUUCAGUCGCAAGGCCCUCCACUGCGCUCUACCACUGCUCUGCUGUCACCACUGCCACCUGGGCUUCUCCAUCCUUUGAGAUAAGUUCAAGUUUUUGCGUUAUCACUCGAAAAGAAGGAGGGCAGUAGAUAUUAUGUGCAUAAUUCUGAGAAUAUAAAGGCUAGAGGUAGAUCCCUUUGUCGGUCAGACCCUGGUAAGGUAAAGGCAGUGGCUAGGGCCACCUAUCAUGCUGACCCUGGUAAGGAAAGGCAGCUGUGAGCCCAUUUAAGAAAAAUAUUGCUGCACUAUAGAGGUAAUGCAGACAGUGGGAAGGAUAACCAGCCAUUGUAACCUAGUUUUGCUGAUUUUCAAAGGCACCAAGCUAGUAGUAUUCCCAGUACCCAAGCAGCCAGCACAUCAAUACACAUAUCCCAAGGAUGUGUGGUUGCCUUUAAUUGAGUCAAUAUGAGUAUUCACUGGCUGGGUAGCCACAGUUUACACAACGAUCUAAUGAGCAAACAAUGGCCAGUGACCUUUCUUGGUAAGCUGUAGAUGGCUGUGGCUACAUCCCAAGCUGGCACGCAAGGGAAAAGUGGGAGCCAGUAAGCGAGGAAGAUGCGCACGCAAGCCAGAAAAAGGCGAGAGCUGGAGCGAGAGGGCUGUGUGCCGUGCGUCACUUGUGUCGUUUUGAACACGCUGUUCAAAAAUGUCAGCUUAGCUGCACCAUAGCUGAGCUGUAGCGUACGUGGUAUACGAAGGAGACUCCAAAGAACGUCAUUCCAGGUCUGCGCGGAGUCUUGUCUUCUCUGCUUGGUCCGCGCUACAGCAGCCCGCUACAAUUGCACGCUACACCGCUAGCUAAAGUAGUAAUCGCUCGAACAAACGGUCAACAGGCAGCAUGGGUUCACGCAAGCUUGCUCUCGGCCUCCUUUCCCUCGUCUCGCCCACCGAUUUCUCUCACAACCCCGGUAAAAUGAUAUGCUUGCUAGGCAAUUAGUACGGUUGCUAGGCUACAAAUUGGUUAACGCCUUGGUUACCUUCAGUGGUACUGGAUAUCCCCUCAGCUGUUUACUCUACCCCCUGGUGCUAGAGUAAACAGCUUCGGGAUAUGCCUGUACAGCUUCAGAACCAGGCGUUAACCUAUACUUAUAAGAUUAUCUGGGAGUUGCUGGGCAGGUGGGGCUCUGAAGUGUUUUCCUACCCCUUAUCACCACUGCUGACUUGUAUAUACAUUCCUGCACCCUUAUAUAUACCACUUCUGACCUAGCCUUUGUUGCACUACCAAUUCCUAUUGUAAGCCUACUCAUACAUUGUCUGUCUACUCUGUAUUAUGCUUUGUGUUUCACUUGAUGGUGCAUACUAUCUAUAUAUUCUGUCUAUAUAGGGGUUGGACUGCAACUGCACUCUCAAGCUAGACCCUGAACCCUGCAAACUUCUGGCUCCUACUGCCUGCUUGCUACUAGCUAUAUACCCCUGAUUUGGCCUCUACACCUUUCACUUCAGCUGGAAUAGACCUCUCCUAAAGAAAAAACUUUCCUUCACAAUUCACAACAAAGCAUAUUGUACAAUGAAUGUUGGAUUGGGGAUUUCGGGAUGGCCAGAAACCUGAUGGACGACAGCUACUACAAAUCCACAGAGAACAGACCGCUCCCUGUCAAGUGGAUGGCCCCCGAGGCACUCCUCUAUCGACAGUACUCCUCGGCCAGUGACGUGUGGAGUUUCGGAAUGGUCCUCUACGAGAUAUGGUCCGUAGGGAGGAAGCCAUAUGAACAGCUGACCAACCAGCAAGUGAUAGACAAUCUGGACAGCAAGAUGUGCCACCCUCCACCCCCUGGCUGCCCCAGAGCUAUCUACUCUCUCAUGGUUUCCUCCUGGCACCCAGAGCAGAGGCAGAGGUCCACGUUCCAGCAGCUGUACCAGAGUCUGAGUCAGCCAGAGGAGCUCCUGCUGAGCUGGUCAGAGGAGGAGGAGGAGGUGUCAGAGCUGGCCAGACAACUGGGAGCUGACCACGCCCACUCACAGAACCUCUACAAUGACCUCCAGAACAAAUACCUCAAUGACACUGACAUGUAUUGAUAGAUGAC